GUGAGGGGGGCGGGGCGCUGAGGAGACGGUCAGAAAUCCACCAGGGCCGGUUCCCCUGUUCCCAAACCCCCGGCCCCUGAAAGCCAGGCUGACUCCCGCCAAAGGCCACCUGACAUCCCUGACUACGGCUCCCAGCCUCAACCCCUGCGCGGUGCACACCCGGGUGCGCGCACGGACACGCAUGUACGCCUUGGGGUAGGCGCUGCAGAGUUAGCGGUUCUUGGAAGGGGUUCUGAGACCACAGAAGGAGCAGUGGGCUUGUGCACAGUAAACAACUCAUGAAUUAUCCUGAACUGCAGAUGCAAAAUAUCACGUCCAGUUGUCCCUUCUUGAUGCUCGAGGUGCUGCAGGCAGGAGCGGUAGUCUUCAAAAGAUUUUCAUUGAGCGCUUCCUUGGUGCCUUGUACUCUUCUCUGAACCAAUGAGCCCCCAGCCCCCUGGGUCUCCCCUUACCAUAGGGACUCAGAUGGUGGCUUUCUUUUGGGAGUCCUCUCUCCCAGAAGGGCAUGGGCCAGCAUUCAAAAUGGUCAAAAAUUAGGCGGGCCUGAUGGCUCAACACGUGUAAUCCCAACAUUUUGGGAGGCAGAGGUGGGAGGAUCACAUGACGCCAGGAGUUCAAGACCAGCCUAGGCAACAUAGCGAGACAUUGUCCUCUACAGGAAAUGUUUAAAAUUAGCCAUGUGUGGUGGCAUGAGCCUGUAGUCCCAGCUACUUGGCAGGCUGAACUGGGAGGCUCACUGAAUCCCAGAAGUUAGUGUGCUAAAAUGGUGCCACUGCACUCCAGCCUGAGCCACACAGCAAGAUCCUGUCUUAAAAAAUUAACCAGAGGUCAGGUGCAGUGGCUGACGCCUGUAAGGUAAAACAUAGGUUGGACUGCCAGGUUUAUCAUGGAGAGGAUUACACUGAUGAUUUGAAUUGGGCUUUCAGGCCAGAGUAGGACUUUGCCAGAAGAAGGCUUUCCAGGUAUGAGAAAUAGCAUUUGCAAAGGCACGGGGUGCAGUAGGGCUGCCAUACUCUGGGGUAUCUUCGGCUUAGGGUGAGGGACAGGAAGCUGGAUGCCAAGAGAUGAAAAAUGAAGGUAGAGAUCAGACCAAGAGGCCACAUGGAGUCUGGGGGGUGACUAGAGGCAAGUGUGAUGUAGCAGGCUCACUCUGAGGCCAUUGAAAACUCCAGAUUGAAGGGGACAUGGUUGCAGUGGUCCUGCUGGAGGGCUAAAGAGAUUUAAGACAGUGCAGUGAGCAGCAUCCAGGAGCGUGGAGCCUGCCAGACCUGCCUUCGGGUUGUGUGCUGCUGUUAAUAGCUGUGUGGCCUCAUACGAGUUUCCUCAUCUGUGAGAGGAGAGUCGGGGCCACCUGGGCAUAGGGUAGGUAUGAAGACUGAAUGGCAAAGCACUCAGCACCGAGUCCCAAUGGGUAGGAAGCCACAGGUUUGUGUUGGCUCUGGUACUGGGAGAUGAGGAGGGCAUCAGGGGUAGGAUGGGCAGGUGCUGUGGAGUGAGGAGUCACAAAUGACCCAGGUUUCUCAUUUGGGUAAAAGGAUGAAGGAUGAAUGGGGCAAGGAGAGUAGGAUACAGACAGAUGAGAGACUAGAAAGGAAGACAGGGGUCAGACAGGGAGAACUGUGGUGGCCACGCUUAAGAGUCUGGACAUACAAGGUGUGAACUUGAUUAAGAAAUUAGACCUGACACGGUGGCCCACGCCUGUAAUUCCAACACUUUGGGAGGCCAAGGUAGGCAAAUCAUUUGAGGUUAGGAGUUCGAGACCAGCCUGGCCAACAUGGUCAACCCCAUCUCUACUAAAAAUACAAAAAGUGAGCUGGGCAUGGUGGCACACACCUGUAAUCCCAGCUACUUGGGAGGCUAAGGCAGGAGAAUCACUUGAACCUGGGAGGCGGAGGUUGCAGUGAGCUGAGAUCACGCCACUGCACUCUAGCCUGGAUGACAGAGUGAUACCCUGUCUCAAAAAAAAAAAAAAAAAAAAAAAGAAAUUAUUUCAUAUACUGCAGAAUGUCACUUCAAUCCCUAAUAAAACAUCCCCAAGUCAGGCACAGAGGUCCCAAGUUAAGUAAACUUCUGACUUUUUCUCCCAGCCCCUAGUGCUGUUAGAGGCUCAUACCACAGUAAUUUAUUCUCCUGUCCAUACCCAGUUGCUCUUUAUGGAGGGGUUGAGGCUGUAAGUGUUGAUUAAAGUACCAGGGACAUUUUGUAAAGCAAGCAAAGGCCCUCAGGUCAGAAGCCUGGGAAACAGCAGGACCUGGGGCAGGGGAGUUGGAGAGGGAGAAGGGAGAUGCAUGAGGAAGCCAGGGAAGCAUGAUAAUCAAGGAGGUAGGUGCAGGGUUCUGAAGAGACCACUGAGCUGGCCACUGGGGGCUCGUCCAUGGUGGUGCCCCAAAGCCCACCACUCUGCUGAUACAUCCCCCAAAGCAGAUGGUCCCUAUCCCAAGACCAGCCAUGCAAGGACCCCUCCCCCCAGCCUCUACAUCUCUAGGAAGAGACCACAGCACAUUUUCAUCCUUCCAGUAUAAUCCUGGGAGUGAUUCUUCCCAGCCAGAGCCAGGGCUGUCACUUCCUGCCACACCCCAGGCUGACGGGGACCCACCUUGCAUGAUGGCAGGGUCAUGAUGAUGGCCCCACCAUCAACCCCUAUGCAUGGCCCUAGGAGCAGAGAACAGGACAGCCUGGUGCUUCCCACCCCCUCAGGGUGAAGAAACAGCUUCUGCUAUAAAAUAUACAAGCCUCGGCUGGGCGCGGUGGCUCAUGCCUAUAAUCCCAGCACUUUGGGAGGCCGAGGCGGGUGGACCACGAGGUCAAGAGAUCGAGACCAUCCUGAUCAACAUGGUACCCAUGGAUUUCCAUGCUGCAGCAAAGGAUCAGUGGAGAUUGCAGAGAUGCAAGAUGACUUAAGUCAACACCAGAUCCAAGAAGAACAGGAGCUAGAGGCAGACGUGCUAGAGCAGAAGCCCCAACCCAAAGUGGACCUGGCCCCAGACCCAGACCUGGAGAUGGAACCAGUGCCGGCUUUACUGGAGUCAGAGCUAUACCCAGCCCUCAAGCCUGAAGCUGAGCUGGACACAGAAGCCAAGUGGAACAAGGAGGCUGGCUUCGAAGGAUUCCUGCAACCAUUGUGCAGGAUAGAAUCCGUCCACUCCAACAUGGGGCUGCCCGUGCCGCAGACCUUCAGACUGUGGAGUCUGAAUUCAAGCCACCAUAGUUCCACGGAGGAGAAACAGGUGUCCGCCAAUCACUGCUCCAUCAGUGCACAGACCUCUAAGCACCUCUUCUGGGCAAACAAGCUCAUCCAGGCCUCAGAGCACAGCCUGCAGCGGGCCAUCCACACGCCGCUCAACAACAACAGCCCAAGCCAGCUCACCAGAGCCCCUGGCCGGGCGGCUGUUACCACCAAUGCCCUGCGCUCCAAGGAGCAGCUCCAGACCCCCAACACCCACUCAGCUCCUCCAGCUGCAAGCUCCCAGGCGCCACCAAGCCCCCUCCUGCCUUCAGAUCUCCUGCCACCCAUUGGCCUGACAGAGCUAGUCACCUUUGCAUCUUCCCUGGCCGUGGCCUGCUCCAGCAGGAUGGACCUGCCCACUUUGGAACACAUGAUAAAAGCUCCAGCCCAUCAGGCUCCAGAGCCUUCCACAGAACCUGUCCUGACCACUGCAGAGGAUCAAGAGCCAGAAAAGCAGGCAGAGACCCGGCCGGAAAAAACACGUGAAGCCGGAGCUUCACAGAAAUCUUGGAGUCAGGAAGGCAAGAACCAAUAAAGCCUCCAGUGCUGGUCAUCAGCUCCUACUUCUGUGCAAAGGCCCCUGGGCCAGGGAGCCCACCUGGCUGCUGUGUCCUGCUCUCAGUUUUUUUAAGGGUCAGUUCCUCUUCAGUCCCUCCUGGUCAGACCUCUAGGCCAGCAGAAAGACUUGUGGCUGGUCUUAGGGAGACCUGGGUGUCCUCUGAAGCUUCCGUUUCUUUGACUGUGAAAUGAGGCUUCCUCUUGGCCUGAGGCGAGGAAGGUGUUGGGAUCCUCUGCAGAGACAGCCUCCUGGUGUGGGUCUGGGCAGGUGGGAAAGUGGGUCUGUGGGGGUUCUUCUUGCUCUCUUCGUGGGGAAGGCCUGGCAUGGGGAAGGGAUGGUGUCCAGGAGCUUGAAGUGGAGGAAAAUGAGGCCAAAGGACUGGUCCUCCAGUGGGGGCACAGGCUGGGGCUAGAAAUAUCUCAGAAGCAGGAGAGAGCUCUGUGUCACCCAGAUGUGUGCACACAGACACCACCAGCUGCCCAGCACACCACACAUACAGCACUCACACACGGUGGAAACAGCACAUGCCACACACGUGUGCCUGUGACCAUCACAUGUACCAAACGUGCACACAAGGCUGGGCGCAGUGGCUCACUCCUGUAAUCCCACACUUUGGGAGGCAGAGGCCAGCAGAUCACUUGAGGUCAGGAGUUCAAGACCAGGGUGGCCAACAUGGCGAAACCCCUACUCUACUAAAAAUACAAAAAUUAUCUGGGUGUGGUGGCAUGUGCCUGUAGUCCCAGCUACUCAGUAGGCUGAGGCAGGAGGAUCUCUUGAACCUGGGAGGCAGAGGUUGCAGUGAGCUGAGAUUGCACCAUUACACUCCAGCCUGGGCAAUAGAACAUGACUCCAUCGCAAAAAAACAAAAGAAAAACAAACAAACAAAAAACAUACACACCAAUACACACGCCUCCCACCCAGGGUUUGACCUUGGAGGCCUGAGGACAGGCAGCGUAGACUGGCUUCUGGCGGAGGAGAGAUGGCAGCAAAGGAAGGAACGGGAUUCAGAGCGCACAGAGGGACAGGGAUGUGGAGAUGGAAGCCUGAGGGAAGGGGGAGGGGAGGCCUCACCAAGGCCAAGGCCCAAACCCCAAGGCCGGGGCUCAGGUUCCCUUCUAAGUGAAUGCCCAGCAUUGUGCAUAUUCAAGAGCCUGCCCAGCUUUGGGAGGGGCCAAGGAGAGAAACGUCCAGGGCCUAGGGGGUGGGAUUAGGAAGGGGUGAGCAGUUGAGAGUGGGCCAGGGCUAGGAGAAGCUGCAGGAGACAGGAAGGAGGGACAAGGAGGAACUGCCGAGGUGAGUCUAGGGGCAGUGGGGGCUGGGCCAGAAGCAUCACUGGGCUCUCAGGACUCAUCUUUCCAUAGGUUGUUUUUAAUUAAUAGACUAUUUUUUAGAGCAGUUUUAGGUUUCCAGCAAAAUUGAGUGGAAAGUACAGAGUUCCCAUGUACUUGUGUCCCCACCCACAUACAACCUCCCCCCAAUAUGGACAUCCUGCAGUGGUGCAUUUGUUACAGCUGACUCAUCAUCAUCACCAAAAGUCCACAGUUCACACGGGUUCCCAGUUGGUGUUCUACAGUCUAUGGGUUUUUUUGUUGUUGUUCUUGUUUUUGAGACAGAGUCUCGCCUUGUCACCCAGGCUGGAGUGCAACGGUGGGAUCUCAGCUCACUGCAACCCCUCUGUCCACCUCCUAGGUUCAAACGAUUCUCCUGCCUCAGCCUCCCAAGUAGCUGGGACUAUAGGCACCCACCACCAUGUCCAGCUAAUUUUUGUAUUUUUGUAGAGACGAGGGUUUCACCAUGUUGGCCAGGCUGGUCUUGAACUCCUAACUCUAGGUGAUCCACCCACCUCAGCCUCCCAAAGUUCUGAGAUUACAGAGCACUUUACUCUGGAGCCACUGAGCCUGGCCUCUAUUCCUGAUUGGCUGAGAGUUUUUAUUAUUAAUAUGUGUUAAAUUUCGUGAAAUGCUUUUACUGCAUUUAUAUUUAUGAUCUUGUGAUUUUUCUUCUUUAAGCUGUUGAUGUGAUGGAUUCUAUUAACUGGUUUUCAAACGUUGAACCAGCCUUGAAUUCAUGGAUGAACCUGUAGGGCUGAGGGCCCCACAGGGUCGUGGGGUGAGCCUUAUGCUGGGCUGAGGCGCAGGAUCCGAGAAAUAAAGAGACAGGACACAGAAGUACAAAGAAAACGCAGCCAGGCUGGGGGGGGCCACGCCACCUAUAGAGUCAGGCGAGGCCCCGAAUGUCCAGAAGCAUGAGUAUUUAUUGUGUGUAGGUUAGGGGGCAGGGCAGUGAGUGAAAUCAUCUUUAAGGAUAGUGAUAGAGUUGUGAGCAAUAAAACAUGGGGUCCACCCCCAUUAGGUCACCUAGGCCAGGAGGUGGACAGUGCACAGCAAGGGGCCCGUUCCCAUGAAGUCAAGGGCCGUGUGCAGUAAGGGGUCCACCCCCAUUAGGUCACCGAGGCUUGAAGGUGACCUAAUACUUCUAUCUAUGGGCAAAUUACUUCUAAGAAGAUUUAUAGGAGGAUGCUUUAAGUCACAUAGCAAUGACAGAGCUGUCAAGGUUACCGCCACCUUCUGGCAGCUUUCAAUGGGUUCUAUGGGAAGAUGCUUUUCGAGCAGCAUAGUAGCAGCAUAGUAGAAAGAGCUGAUAAAGUUCACAGUCACCAAGGUGAAUUGCUGUUCUGAGGGCAGCCUUCCACAAGAACUGGAGCAGGGUCCUACAACUUCUUUAUCAGGAGGAGUGGCUCUUGCCCCAAGCCUGCCAUACAGCGGGCAUCUUUACGAUACUGAACGCUGCCACCUGGGCCAUGGAUUCUUGUCCUGAUAUAACUGUUUUUCCCUUAAAUCAUGCUUUGCACUGUGUCUGCUCUUAGGCAUUCUUCCAAUUAUAAUCUGCUUAUUCCUUUUUUUUUUUUUUUUUUUGAGACGGAGUUUCGCUCGUUACCCAGGCUGGAGUGCAAUGGCACGAUCUUGGCUCACUGCAACCUCUGCCUCCUGGGUUCAGGCAAUUCUCCUGCCUCAGCCUCCUGAGUAGCUGGGAUUACAGGCACACGCCACCAUGCCCAGCUAAUUUUUUUUAUUUUUAGUAGAGAUGGGGUUUCACCAUGUUGACCAGGAUGGUCUCGAUCUCUUGACCCCAUGAUCCACCCGCCUAGGCCCAAAGUGCUGGGAUUACAGGCGUGAGCCACCGCACCCAGCCUAGCUGCUUAUUCCUUAAUUCUCUGUACUGUGUCCACUCUAGGCAUUCCUCCGAUAUGAACUAAGAUAUAAUUAUAGGUAUAUAUGUAGGGAAAUAUUCUUUAGGCACUCAUACUACCAACUAUUAUAUGAUUAUAUAUAGAGGAUUAUAUAAAGGGAUUCGUCAAGCCCUAUUUCUAUAAACUAAUAUAUGGUUAUGUAAAGGAUUGUAUAAAAGGAAAUAGCUGAGUAGUAACACUAUAAAGUGAGAUAUUUCUCAGGCCCUAACUGUGCCAGGGUUCUGCUUAGCUCUCAUUCCUCGGUGCCUAUAUGGGGAGGUUACCCACAUGAACCCACUUGGUCAUUAUGUGUAAUUCUUUUUAUAUGUUGUUGAAUUAAAUUUGCUAAUAUUUUGGUGAAGAUUUUUGUGAUCAUAUUUCUGAGAUACUGAUUGGUUAAUUUAAUUUUUUGACAAUGUCUUUUUCUGGUUUUGGAAUUAAGGCAAUGCUGGGCUUAUAGAAUGAGUCAGGACAUAUUCCCUUGGCUUCUAUCUUCUGGAAGAGAUUGUACAGAAGUGAUAUAAUCUCUUCCUUGAAUGUUUGGUAGAAUUCACCAGUGAGUCCAUCUGUUCCUGCUACUUUCUGCUUUGGAAGUGUGUUAAUUAUCAUUGAUUUGAUUCAAUUUAUUUAAUAAAUACAAGCCUAUUCA